AUGUCGAACCAGAAGGAUAAAGAUAAAGCCUCCGAUUCUCCAUCCCAAGCAACUGCUCUCCCUUUCAAGAAGAGAGGUUUUGCAGGGAAAACGCCUCCUACGUCGAGCAACAGCAACAACGACGCUUCCUUCUUCCAAAUGAACGAGAAUUUGAACGAUUACGAACUCAAGACACAGGCUUACUCCAAUGUUCUCGGAGCCUUUACAGCAGAAUCUUCUUCAAUAUCCAGCUCAAGGAUUACGAUACUCGACGACCUGAAGAAAGCAUGGAACAUCACCAAAGAAACUCACAACGUCCUUGUUAAGAAGCAACAAACUGAUCCACUGAUCCAACAGUUGAGUGAAAUUUCAGUGGCUUCUGAUGAGAAGGGAAAGCAGGAAGUUGCUGGCGUAAAAGGCAAUCAAUUGAAAGACUUACUCAGCCGUACGAUAGUGAGCAAGGAAGACUUACUCCGCUACCAAGAAAGGCUUAAUGCAGCUCCUGCAAAGAUGCCAAAACCGAGUUCUCCUUCUAAAGCUUCAACAAUCCCAGGCUGGGGCAAAGUUUCUCCUGCGUCUCUUGUUGACAAAUGGGUCAAUUUAAGAAUGCCUGGUGAAGACAAGUACGUUGCACUCCUCAUCAAAGCGUAUGACGCAGAAACGGAAAUGCACCACCUGGUGGAAUCUCUAAGCCAAAAGAACUUCAGUGACCCGUGCGAUUGGAUUGAUCUCAGACAUGUAAGACUCAAAUUGUUACCUCUCUCCUUCAAAUUUUUCUAUUUCUCCUCCCUUUUCACAGAAGCUCAAAACUCAUUGCAGAUUCCGGCAGAAGAUAUGGUAUGGCAAGAGGGACAUCCCGGCUUCCCAACACGGAGCUGCUUUCUUAAACCAGGCGAAACUAUCUUGAACGAAACCAGUACAGUUCGAGAGAAGAAGCAGCUUAAGGAGGUUGGAAAAACUGCCGGUGGGAUUCCUAUUAUCCGCAAAGUUGACAAGGGAAAGGGUAUUGCCUUACCAUAA